AUGGCGAAGGAGCUCGAGAAGAAAGCGAAGGAAGCAUUCUUCGACGACGACUUCGCUCUCGCCGUUGAUCUCUACUCCGAAGCAAUACGAUUAGAUCCAAACGAUGCUCAUCUCUUCGCUGACAGAGCUCAAGCCCAUAUCAAGCUCAACGCUUUCACUGAAGCAGUUUCCGAUGCCAACAAAGCCAUCCAGUUAAACCCUUCCAUGUCCAAGGCCUAUCUUCGUAAAGGGACCGCUUGUAUGAAACUGGAAGAAUACCACACUGCCAAGGUAGCGCUACAAAACGGUACCGCUUUUGCGCAAGACGAUUUAAGAUUCUCCAAGUUGAUUCAAGAAUGUGAUCGCUGUAUUGCAGAGGAAUCAAAUGGUCUUACUAGCACCUUAUCGUCAAAUGUUUCCCACUUGAGCAAUAGAAAUGAUGGGGUGACUAAAGAAGCUGAAGCGGACAGUUUGGUACCCCAAAUCAAUGAAGUCACACUAAACAGACCAAAAUACAGACAUGAAUUCUACCAGAAGCCAGAAGAAGUGGUUGUGACAAUAUUUGCAAAAGGAGUAUCAUCAAAAGAUUUGGUUGUUGACUUCGGUGAACAAAUUCUUAGUGUUACUAUUGAUGUUCCUGGUCAAGAUGCCUAUCAUUUCCAAUCUCGAUUGUUUGGGAAGAUAAUACCCAACAACUGCAGAGUUGAGAUAUUGUCAACCAAAAUUGAAAUUCGUCUUGCAAAAGCUGAAGCUAUUAAUUGGACAUCUCUGGAAUAUAGCAAGGAUACGGUACCCCCCAAAAUAAACUUGCCUAUAGUUCAAUCUGAAAGGCCUGCAUACCCAUCAUCAAAACCAAGGACAAAAGAUUGGGAUAAGUUGGAAGCUCAAGUGAAAAAAGAGGAGAAAGAAGAAAAGCUUGAUGGUGAUGCUGCUUUGAAUAAAUUAUUCCGCGAUAUUUACCAAAAUGCAGAUGAGGACAUGAGGAGAGCAAUGAGCAAGUCUUUCUUGGAGUCAAAUGGAACAGUGCUAUCAACUGAUUGGAAAGAAGUGGGAUCAAAGAAGGUGGAAGGCAGUCCUCCAGAUGGUAUGGAGCUGAAAAAAUGGGAGUAUUGA